UGAAGAAUAGUUUUUAGUUGAUGUAGGAUUAAGUUUUCAAACAAUAAUAAUUGUAACGUUUUGUUACUUUGCUGGGCUUUGAGUAUUGUGGCCUUGUCCGAAGUACGGGGCUUAGUCGGAUCAUAUAAAAUGCCUCGUAGCCAUGUUACGGAAUACAAUGUACUCGGUUUUGAUUGUGAAUCGAAAUCGCCGGGCGGACGUGAAACUGCCUUAUUGCAAUUGGCAACACAUCGUGGUCUGUGUGUCUUGAUACGAUUGUGCAAAAUGAAAACGAUUCCUAUUGAGCUUCAGACAAUUUUAGAAGAUAAAACGAUCCUUAAAGUUGGAAUUGCACCACAUUCGGAUGCGAAUAAACUGUUCAGCGGUUAUCGUCUCAAGGUUGCGGGUGUAAUGGAUCUGAAAUAUUUGGCAAAGAAAUGUAAAUGUAAAUCACAAGGUAUUGGGAAAUUAUCGGAAGAAGUGUUGAAAGUUCGACUAAGUCAUAAAGAAAAAGGUCUUUUGACGCAAAAAAUACACAAAAAAUGGGAAAACGACGCAUUGGAUGACGAAAAUAUCAAAUAUGCAGCUGACGAUGCACAUGUUGCAAUUGAAUUAUUUAAAAAAUUUCAAGAGAAAUUAAUGCAGCCAACAACAUGUUCGGGCGAUCAAACGAAAGAUGUGCAGAAAUUUAUCGAUGAAUAUUGCAUGUCUUAUUGGACAAAUAAGCAAAAGAAAUAUAAUUAAUUAAUCUUCGAUUCAUAUUCGUGCCAAAAUGAAAAUUUUACAAUAAAUAACCUCGUGCAGCUUGGCUUCAUUUCCUCCACUUCCAUAUGUUUGCAAUGAUGUUUGAACUUUGACAAGCAAGCUUCUACAAUGGAAAUUAAAUGCGAGUGAAGACGCCACAAAAAUGACUCCAAAAUCGUCGAUUAAUGAUCGAACUACUUUCGAGAUGUUUCCAAUGAAAUCCCAUUAAAAUGAUCAAUUCGUUGCAUUUAUACUGUUUUGUUUAUCAGUUCAAAUGUUUGUUCAAAUUUUUUACUUGGUCUUUUGAAAAUUUAGCAUUUUUGAAUUACAUUAUUAAAUCUUUGUUUUGAAACCACAA